AAGAAGACGCUUAUCCACAAUGAAGAUUGCUCUGAUUCUGAUUAGUGCUGCUUGGAUGGUAUGUGCGACAGUGGAAGCUGGUAAGCCCGUAAGUAAGUGUGAUUCUUAGUUUAUACGCUUCAUGUUCGAGUAAUUUUCAAUUGGUUUUCAAAAGAAAUCCUUUACUGCAUCAAUUUUUUUCUUCAUUACUCUCCUCAAUUAAUCUAGAAAAGUCGCGCCACCUUAAACCAAUCGAACCUAAGUUUUGUGCUUCUUUGCGCUUUGAGGGGGGCGCGGUACGUGUGAUUUCAACAUGAGGGAGUUUUAGAGCCACGUUUGUCUCUGAAUACGUGUGACCGAAAACGUCUAGGAGUCACGUGACCAGACUCCGAUAGUCCCGUUCGCCGUUUGCCGUCCACGUUUGAACUUUGGACAAGGCAGUUUCAGGUUGUGGAACUCCCUCGAUGCUUUUUUCCUUCUUGUUCAAAAGUUCUCACGUACGUCCUAUAAAUAUAUGUGAAGUGAAGUCUUCUCUUUAUAAUCAAUCCGUUUGGGACGUUAGAAAACUAAUCAUUCAUCCACAUUUUGUGUUUGAAACCAAGGACUUCCAUCCUUUGUGUGAUUCAAGUUGGCGGCGCACAUGUUGAUUGUUUUUCUUCAAGUGAAAGCGGACGUCGGUCUAAUAAGCUAAAAAUCUCGAGACUUCUAGCUUCUAACCACAAACUACUGACUACGGUUUGACGAUAGCGGUGAAUACACCAAACGUGGAUCUAAGACUCUCUAUUAACAGUAUUUCAAGCAUCUAAAAAGAGAACUUGAAAUCUCACGUUACCUUGCCUCUGUAAAAUUUACGCCUCCCGCAUUAAUUUUGGGCCUAAUCACGUGUCAUGGAUAAACCCUUUGCUACCCUCUUGGAGCAGUUUGUAUGUGUUUUCUUUGAGAUUUAAGUAAUCCUGGUAAAUGUCAACAGUUCGAUCAGUUAGCCGUUUAAUAAAGUGUUCGGUUCAUUUCAAGUGACCCUCCUCACGAUGAGUACAAAAUCUGGUAUCAUCUCCUUAAAAAUCAUUCAACAUUCUCGCUUUUUCUUCAGUCCUUACCCAGCAAAAGUUGAUUUGGCUAUUUGUAACAGUAUUAAAGAAGUUAUGUAAAAUUUUUGUAAUGUCUUUUUUUUUUUGCUUUCAAGGUGAUAACGGAGGAACUCACAAGCUACCUAAGUUUUCCUCGCAGACCAUAAUAUUUUCCCUCCAAAUUUAAAUUUUCUGUUUUCUUGAUAUUUUUUAUUCACCUCAGUUACAAUAUAGCGCGAAGAAAAAAGUAUUAUGUAACGACAUCUCUAUCAGUCAUAAAAACAAUUUAUACAGAAACAAAAACACAGACUAAACUUUGUCUUUGCCCCAGAUCGUGAUGAUAUUUAACAGGUCAGAGUUUCACGCUUUAUGUUGUAGUAUUCGGACUAUCAAUGCGCUUUCUUCUAACAGAUUGUGCUUGGUGCAUUUAAGCAGUCUGUACCUAAUCUCAGGGGCAACUAAUUGAUGAAUAGUGAGCCAGCCAUUUUUUAUCACGUGGCGGGGGAAUCAUAUGAUUUGCAGGAGAGAGGGGGGACGAGGGGGGAAUCAGUCGUCUCCAAUAUAGUAUAGAAAAAUGACUGCCAAUUAACUGCCCAUGAGGGGAGAGGAUCAUGAGUAUAUUACAGAACGUUAUAAAGGGAUAAGGCAAACUUUAUUAUAACACAAGUAAUAAUGAUCGUUUCCUUCGUUUAUGUCUUUUUUCUUCCUUCAGCCUGUACAGCCGAAGAAGAUCAAGAAAUGGAAUGUCGGAAUGGGGGAACGUGUUUCGCCCUAGAAACUGAUCAGGGCAGGGUCAGAGCUUGUCAUUGUACUUCUGAGUUUGAAGGCGUUAGAUGCGAAUAUCAAAAAAUUGAUCCGGAUCUCCAGCACCCAAAAUCUGGAGAUUAACAACCUUCCUUGGAGAUAAAAAAAAGAGAUUCUUGGACAACUACGCAGAUUUAGCAUUUGCGAGUUGAAAAAGAAUGUGAAAUUGUGAAAAAUUUGGGCCAAAACUGAAAUAAAUCUGAUAGCAU